CUCCGACUGCGCGUCUCCGACGCAGAAAAAGACACCAUCGUAGCCUCUAGAAACGGCUUCAUUAGCACUGUCCUAGCCUGGGAGCAACACCUACACCUCCAGCUACGACCUGAUGACGUUUGGCUAGCCAUCCUUCUUGUUAAGUUCAGCUUUUUCGUCAACGGGCCUGGUCGUGCCGAAGCGCUGCGCGAUCGUUUCAUCGUCCAUGAGGGCAAAUAG